AUGUCUGAAAAGUCCAUUGAAGAGCUCUUGAAGAAGCUUGCUGCCGGUGCGCAGCUCAGUGAGCCAGAGAAAAAAGAAAUGAAGGAUUACAAGUUCUGGAAGACUCAACCGGUUCCAAGUUUUGAUGAAACAAUCACUACUCAAGGUCCAAUUGAAACUAAAACAAUUGCUGAUAUUUCUACUGAACCAUUACCAUUAUUGAAGGAAUUUGAAUGGGCUGAUUUGGAUAUCAAUAAGCAAGAGGAUCAUGAUGAAGUCUUCAAAUUACUUUAUGAAAAUUAUGUUGAAGAUGCUGAUUCAACUUUCCGUUUUAAAUAUACUAAAGAAUUCUUAGAUUGGGCUUUAAAACCACCAGGAUAUCGUCGUGAUUGGCAUGUUGGUGUCCGUGUUAAAGCUACCGGGAGAUUGAUUGGGUUCAUUGCUGGUAUUCCAACUGAUUUAGAUGUUCGUUCUCAAGAAAUUAAAGCUGUAGAGAUUAAUUUUAUUUGUGUUCAUAAAAAAUUAAGAUCCAAAAGAUUAGCACCAAUUUUAAUCAAAGAAGUUACAAGAAGAGUGAAUUUACAAGGUAUUUUCCAAGCUUUAUAUACCGCUGGUGUUGUUUUACCAAGUCCUGUGAGUGUUUGUAGAUAUAAUCAUCGUCCAAUAAAUUGGAAAAAAUUACAUUCUGUUGGAUUUAGUUAUUUACCAGAUGGUGUUUCAGAAACUCAAAUGAUUGCUAAAUAUACUUUAAGAAAUCAAGGUAAAGUUAAAAAUUUAAGAAGAGCUACAUUAGAUGAUUUUGAAGGUGUUGAAUCAUUAUUCACCAAGUUCCAAAAACGUUAUGAAUUAACACAAAAAUUCUCCACUGAUGAAUUAAAACAUUGGUUAUUUGGUGAUGCAUCAAUUAAAAAUGAAGAUAAAGUUAUUCAUACAUUUGUUGUUGAAGAUGAACAGGGUAAAAUUACAGAUUUUUUCAGUUUUUACCUAUUACCAUUUACAAUUUUAGAUAAUAAAGAACAUGAUGAAUUAGGUAUUGCAUAUUUAUUCUAUUAUGCAUCAGAUGUUGCAUUUGACAAGGAAGAAAAAGAAGGUAAUCAAUUAUUAAAGAAAAGAUUAACAGAAUUAAUCGGUGAUGCUCUCAUAAUAGCUAAAAGUCUUGGAGUUGAUGUUUUCAAUGCAUUAACUACUCAAGAUAAUAAUUUAUUCUUACAAGAUUUAAAAUUUGGUGAAGGUGAUGGUCUUUUGAACUAUUACUUAUUCAACUACAGAGUCAAACAAAUCGAAGGUGGUCUAAACGAUAAGAACCAUGUCGACUACAACGAUGUCAGUAAAAUGGGUGUUGUGAUGCUUUGA